AUGGCGCAAAGUGCUCCCCGAGUUGUCUCUUCAUUUUAUAUCUUGCCCCCUUUUAAUUGCACCAUGGACUGGGGAACUACGGCCGUGGACACCUCAUAUGGGUUUGGCGUGCCCGGAAUAGCGUCUCAGCAUUUUUCGGAGGUUACAAACCACAAAAAGCAGCUUCAAUUGUCGCUCGAAAAUCACGUUGAUGACAACGGAAAUCACCAUGAAAAAUUACUAUUGGCGGCUUGUGAUGGAGACAUAGUUACCUUGGAAAGCGUUCUUCGCGCCAGUCCUCACCUUGUGAACGAACCGUAUCCGCUGGAAGAUGGAGUCACACCACUAAUUUAUGCCGUUUGCUACGAUCAACAUACCAUCGCCGAAGCACUCUUAUUCGACCAUCGGGCCGAUCCCGAUAUAUGUGAUACACUUUCGGGGCUGGGGUUCACCCCGUUUAUGUGGGCAGUCCACUUGGAUCUUGUGGAAAUGGCCCGCUUAUUGUUGAAUUAUCAGGCGGAUCCGUACGUUGAUCCUCGCGGAGAUGGCACCACAGCAGUGACACUUUUGAACCCAGAAAGGGAACAAAUGUAUGCUUUUUUCAGGUCACACAAUAUCACUACUGUGUUGUCGCAGAAGGAGGUAGAACAGGAUGUAAUUGGAUCGCUGUUUAACCAGAGUGGUUAUGAUGAUUUGGACGACAAGUUGCGUCUUCAAAUGACUGGAAUGACUCUCCAGGACCAUCAACAAAGCCUCGACGACAACUAUGCUUCCGACCGUGACUCGGUCAACUCGGAAUCGGACCCUCAUCUUAUCAAUGUCAAGGAUUUUGAGUACGAUCGGUUGGUGCCAUCGGAGUUCAUCAAGUUUACCGACUCCGAUAUUCCUCUGCUACUCGAUUACAUUUUCUCACUUCACACGAAGAAUGCUACGCAACACAAUACCCGGAUUCCCGCCGCCGUGGUAUUCCAACUCAUCAGAUACUCACACUUGAAGGUGCAUUCCAAUGAACUAACCACAUUUUUUUUCGACUGUUUUUUGACAAGAUUAAGACUGGUUACCCACACCACACUGGGAGUUUUGGGCGACGACAACGGCAGUGCUGGACGUGGGGAUAUUGUGCUCGUAAGUUACUGGCUACUGGUUGUUCAUUUUCUUCAUUUUUACCUCAGCAAGAACUCGCUCUAUAAAGAUUACCCACAGUUUCUCCAGGAGCUCGUGAACGUGACACAACUGCUCAUUGCUACUCUUUCGUUCUCCAUCAACGCUCGUCUUGAAACACUAGUGGAUGAUUGCAUGCUUAGGUUCACCAGCUUGGUGGACGUUUCAAACGUGACUUAUGCCAAGGACUGGAACUUGUUCAAAAAGAAAAAAACACACCCUAACAACUACGACGAUGUGCUCGAUAUGCUUUACCCACCUUCUCAGUCCGAAUUGAUGAAACCGCUGCCCAUUCGAUACAUCCAGGUUUUGGGCGCUCUUGACUAUGUGCUCAACUUGCACGAUAUUCAUUCACUCGUGCGGAUGCAAACCAUGUCGCAAGUGUUUUACACCCUAAAUGCCACUAUUUUCAACCGAAUCAUCACCCAAUCGAAACUUUGCUCCAGAGCGAAAGCCAUCCAAAUUCGACUCAAUGUCCUGGCUGUGGAAGACUGGUUGCGGUCUCAUAACUUCAAAGUUCCCAGCACCAUGAAUCCUGGGUUGAACGUAGAAGUUUCCAACUUGUUGAGCUGGGACAAAGAUGGUAAUGGGAACGAUCCUCAUACUCUUAACUUUUACUACGAUUCUCUCUUUGCUGUGUGUCGUCGUCAAUUACUCCCCACAGUUGAACUUCUCCAGUGGCUCCAAUGCAUGUCGUCGCUCGAUGAUGAAGACAGUCUAAUCACCACAAUCAACCAGUUUGAUGCACUCAACUACUACCAGCUUGUCAAAGUUGUAAAAAUCUACAAGUAUGAAGUUGACGAGACAAAAUUUCCCAAAGAAUUGAAUAACAUUCUCAAAGCUUUGCAGAAUGAACAGGGAGAAAACCAGAUUUCUCGCAGCCAUUUGCACUACAUGACACAGUCCAACUUUCUUCUGAAAGAGCUCUACGUUUCACUCAAUCCCAACUAUGUCUUUGCGGUUGCGUUGCCCAAUUUGGAAGAGCUCAUAUCGACUUAUGGGCCCGGAUUAGGCGGUAUCAAGACGAUGAGAGCGAGAAAGUACCAGCCAUCGCUUCCUAUGGAGGUUGCCGACGAUAUAGACGACAUUUUGACGAAGAACAAGUCAACGAUGAACGAUACCUACGACUACGAAGAGGAGGAAAAUGACGAAAGUGACUCAAAUGAAACCAAAACCCAUCAAGAGUUCAAGGGCGACGAGCUCUUCAAAAGUGUACAGUUACCAUCUUCGUUACUCCACAAAAACUGGGGAGAUGACGACCUCGAGGCCAAUCCGUGGUAG